AAUGGCAAUGAAAUCUAUGCUAAACCAUUAUUCCCUCUUCAUUUUCCUUUUGAUGAGUUUAGUAGUUCCAUUUCUAAGUGAGCCAACAAAUAUUAUAAGCUCUUGUUUAACACAAAAUCAAGUUAAGAAUUUCACACUUAAUGCAAACUCUGGCAACGAUACGUCAGAAUUUCACAAGCUUCUUAGCUUUUCCAUCCAAAAUCUCCGGUAUGCUGAAUCCACGUAUACUAAACCAAUUGUGAUCGUUCUUCCUGACACUAAAGAACAACUAGCAAACACUGUUUUGUGUUCUAAACAAGCUUCGUUAGCUAUUAGAGUAAGAUGUGGUGGACAUAGUUAUGAAGGAUUAUCUUCUGUUUCCACUAAUUCUGGAGAGCUAUUCAUGAUUAUCGAUGUUAUGAAUCUGAAUAAUGUUUCAGUUGAUUUAGAAUCUGAAACUGCUUGGGUUGAAGGUGGCGCAACACUUGGUGAGACUUACCAAGCAAUCGCCGAGUCAAGUCACUUACAUGGGUUCUCGGCUGGGUCGUGUCCUACUGUUGGAAGUGGUGGUCAUAUUUCUGGAGGUGGAUUCGGUCUUUUAUCAAGAAAAUAUGGCCUUGCUGCUGAUAACGUUGUUGAUGCAAUUCUUAUCGAUGCUAAUGGACGGUUUGUAGAUCGAAAAGCCAUGGGAGAAGACGUUUUUUGGGCAAUCCGAGGCGGUGGUGGUGGUGUUUGGGGCAUAAUUUACGCGUGGAAAGUACAGUUAGUUCCAGUACCAGAAACUGUUACAAGUUUUAUCCUAUCAAGAUCAGGUACACAAAAUUCCGUAGCCAAAUUAGUUCAGAAGUGGCAAUUUGUGGCCCCUAAUUUAGAAGACGAGUUCUACUUGUCAGUUUUCGUUGGAGCAGGUUUACCCGAGACUCGUUAUACAGGUAUCUCGGCUACAUUUAAAGGAUUUUACCUUGGCUCAACAGCUGAAGCCAUAUCUACUCUAAACCGAGAAUUUCCAGAACUGGGUGUUGCUGAAGAUGAUUGCAAGGAAAUGAGUUGGAUAGAAUCAGUUGUCUUUUUUUCUGGGUUACGUAAUGGAAGCACUGUCUUGGAUUUGAAGAACCGAUACUUGGAUGACAAGGGGUAUUUUAAGGCCAAGUCAGACUAUGUAAAGGAACCGAUAUCAAUGAGAGGGAUAAAAACUGCACUGAGAAUACUCGAAAAUGAGCCGAAAGGGUAUGUGAUUUUAGACCCUUACGGGGGAAUUAUGAGUAAGAUUAGCAGUGAUUCUAUUCCAUUUCCUCAUAGAGCAGGAAACAUCUUUGCAAUUCAGUACUUAGUCGCAUGGAAUUCAACAGAAAAUAGCAAGAACGACGUCUUCAUAUCUUGGAUAAGAAAUUUCUACAAUUCUAUGACAAACUAUGUUGCAAAAGGUCCAAGGACAGCUUAUGUGAAUUAUCUGGAUCUCGAUCUUGGACAAGUGAACUUGCUGAGUCUGACUAGAAGUACUACAAUGGCCAGGUCCCAAUCUGAUGCAGUAAAGAUAGCUAAGGUUUGGGGUGAGAAGUAUUUCUUAAAAAACUAUGAUCGUUUAGUACAAGCAAAAACGCUUAUCGAUCCUGAUAACGUUUUUUAUAACCAACAGGGGAUUCCACCGUUGUCAACUAGCCGUUUGCAUUCAAAUAUAUGAGCAAUGAAAAAGGCAGGU